CCUGCAGAACUGUAGGUUUUUGUAGUCUGUGACUGUCUGAUUUUUAGCUUGAUACACAGCAACUAAAGAAGUGACUUUGUUUACGCAGGAUACAGAGUAUGUAUUUUAAAAGAGUUAUUUCCUCCUAACAGUAAUUAUAUUUCAUCUCACUAUUCACUGCAAAAGCCUCAGCCAGUUGCAUCUGUGGAACAUUUCUUUGCAGGGGUUGCGAUUUCAAUCUUCAUAAAAGAGGAAAUAGCUUUAAACAGAAGGAUGAUUUCUCACAACAUGACAUGGAUAAGAUAUCCAAGCCAUAGCUACGACCCAUCUAUUGGAAUAGAAGACCUCAUAGUUUCUCAAAAUGUCAUAUCAAGAUUUAUGCACUGCUACAUUGCCUUCUUUGUACCAACAGGUUUAAUAGCCGGGACAUUGAUCCUGACCAUCUUCAUUAAGAACUAUUUGCAGCAUAGAGAAUUGGAAAAAUUAGACAUAUUUCUUUUUGAUUUCACCAUCAGCAAUAUUGUAAUGAUAUUUUUUUCAUUCACUGUCAUAACUAGACCUGACUAUUUAAUGGCAACCCAGUUAGGCUGUGGUGCUAUGUCGUUUUUUUUCAAUGUGAGUUAUUUCAAUUCUCAGUAUCUUCUGAUUUUGAUGCUUCUUGCUUUUUUACUCAACAGAUUUCCAUCAAGGACUGUUUUGAUGACCAAAGCAACUCAAAGUCCAAUGUUAUGUGUUGGAUUUGUUCUAAUAUGUGCCUUCUGCAUAUCACUGGUAGUGGUGGCAUUGCUAGGCACAGAUAACUACCACAAAGAAACAGACUGCCAGUUAGACCCAUUAUUCGCAUGGCCUGAAUACGAGAUUGUUAAAUUCAGCUUUGGGUUUGGAAUUCCAUUGUUUUUCCAGAUACUCUGUUUUAUUCUAUUUUUUCUUAAAAAAGCACAACCAGGAGCUCCAACCCUGACAGAGUAUCUGGCUGUGCUGACUAUAACCAUAACAAUGUUUGUAUGCCGUCUGUUUUACAACAUUAUGAUUCUCUCCAGGACCACAUUAAAGAUACACAAAAGUAUAGGAACUCCCAAGAAUGAGCUAAUGAUGAAUAUUGCAGAGAUAGUGUUGUUUAGUGAGAACUGCAUUAGUUUGAUAUUCAUACUUUGUCUUCAUAAACCAUGCCGGGAUGGAAUACUGGAAAUCCUAAUGAAUCUCACAAAAGUUUGCAGAAAAGAUACUACCAACAAUCAUCAUGAAAUACCAGUAACAGAUAUACAUGGUGAAAAUGGGUCUCACUGACUUCCCUCCCCACGCAAAGUAUUUAAACAUUUUCACUUGUUUUAUCAAGAAUUGUCCAUUGGUUUUGGCCCAAGACUAGACCUGCCUUACAAAUAUCUGAAGAAAAAUGUUGUUUGGGACCUACUGUCAAGGUUUUUAAAAUGAAAGGAACUGGUUUAUGUUGGAAUUUCUCUAAACCAAAACAAAAAGUCUAACACAUACUGAUGCCAGAACAGCAUGCUUUCUUGAUGACUUUGAUGCACAAGCACGGAAAUAAACAAAAGCACAGCAAAAGCUUCUUUACCAAAGACAAAAUCAGGAGGGAAAGACAUUCUGUUUUCAUAACUGUAUUUCCAUGCAACUGGAAUUUAGUGUACUCGAGAUGGACAAUAUUUCUGUAUUAUACAAAUAAUGGCUAAUUCGAAGGGCCAUAGCAGUAAAAUAUGGCCCAAGAGUGAAAAAAGUCUUGAAAUUGUGAUAUUGGCAGAACUGGGAUAUAUUGUACAGUAUUCCAUAAUUUAAAAAAAAUAGAGUGUUAACCUGAGAACAUUCUCUCCCCUCCAUCCACCCUCCCUCUUGAAGCUCAUCAGGGGAUUUUUUGCCUUCAUUCCUCUUGUGGACAUAGCAGUCUUUUGAGAGAAAGGAGGAGAGAUCCAAGAUUGUUUACCUAUCCACGAUAGCCUUUGGAAAAGUGGACAAGUUAGUGUCUCAAAUACAAGGCAACUCUGGACCGAAAGGAAGACUUCAGGACCCUCAAGAGUCACAGAAUUAGGACAGAGAAACAGGAUGGCAAAUUAAGCCCAUGUAUAGGAAUGCAGGAUUUUUUGUUGAUGACUUCAGUGAACAAGCACAGAAAUGCUCAGGUGCUAUAACUCAGCAUUAAGACUGAGGAUAAUUAGUGAUGAGUCUUGUGGGAAGAUGGAUCCACUUAGCUCCAUCCAGAUGAUAAAGGAGGUGAGAGGGUCUCUUUGAGCAAGAGGGAAAUAAAAACCUAGGGUAGUGAAGGCCCUGGAGGUGAAGCCUCUAGGAAGAGGGAAUCUUAGGAUGAGGUUUAAAAAAAUUAUAAAUAAAGGUAGACCCCCAAGAAAGGGAGAGUUUGGACUCUAAUGCGGGUUCUGUGUACUCUGCUGAGGACAGGGUAGGGACUAACAUUUGGUACAAGAGGUGGGAUUCCCUAAGACUCACUGCACAAAGAGGGAAAAUAGAAGAAAUUCUAUAUGGAUGGUAGAACAGCAACUACACCAUCAGCCAGUUCACAAAGUCCCCUUGCAGCACCAGCACAGGCUGAAGUCCAAUAACUACCAGUUUCAGAGGCAAAUGAGGCUUACCUGACUGGCCAAUGAUGGGGCCAAUUAAUGCCAAUGGUGUUGGUGGGUUUUAUGUGGACACAUGUCCACAUACCUAGGACAUGCCUGAGAAAUGAGACUGAUGUAUCCAGCAAAGGCUGCCAGGCUCAAUUGGGAUUUACAGAAAGCACUACUGUUUCUUUGGACAGUGGAUUGGUUUAGUUUUUUGAUUUCUUAUUCUAUUUUUAUACUGAUUGCAAUAUGAAAGAUGGAUGAUUAGUUAGAGUUUUAAUGUUUUGUGCCUUUUUUCUUGAAGUUUUAAAAUCUGAGAUACUAAGCCCAGUUUUUUGUAACACAAUUGAA